AGUAAUUAGAGUCCUUAAAAGUAAUUUUAUGAGUGCUGAAUUUCUCAUAAGAUCUGCCGGUAACGUGCAGACGACAGCAGACGACGCAGAACGCGGACAACAACAAACAAAUCUACAAACCAAAAGCACGCGCACAGAAACUUGGGUUUAUCUAUCAACCUGGAAAAAAAACCAUAGAGCCUUACUAUCACUAUUGUCCUACCCCCCUUUCCUUUCAAAAUCAGUUAUUACCAUGAUAUCAGUUCUGAAAGAACCUAGGCAGAAACGUCAUUCAAACCAUCAAUCAGGAAAUCCAUUACCUGUACUAGUUGAGAGUGUGACAGGUAUUCCUGCGCACUUGGCGGUAUGGAAGUCAUUUACAGGCCGUUUCAAUCAUGACUGUGUUGAAGUGACAGAAGCGGAAGAUAUAUCAACACUUUACAACAUGGGGUUCUUUGGAAAAGGUUCACUUUCUCGUGGGUGCCCUCGUCCUGGAAGAAGAGUUCAGUUUCCUGAAACAAUACGGGAAAGGCAGUGGUUACGCCGACGUGAAUGGUCAUCUCUGCAGAACCUUGGAUCUUCAAAUACACUGUUAAAGCAUGAAGAUCCAACAUUGGCACAACAGGCAGAAGUCAUUGUUAUUGCUGAUGCUGACACAGAGGGUGAAGAUUUUAUAUCAAAUCUCAGACCAAGAUUGGAGAAGGAUCAUGAUUCACUGCCGGAAGUCCUCAAUCUACUUUUGGAAGAAUCUCUAUUUUUGUCUUAUGGCCUAGGAUGUUUGUAUAUUUCAGAUAUCUAUGGUCAGAAAAAUUAUAGUAUUGUCGAAUUUUGGAACAUUUGUUUGGAAUCCGAUGUAAAAUUUUUACAAAGAUAUAUUGCAUACCACCAUUUUCGAUCUAAAGGUUGGAUUGUGAAAUGUGGCCUUAAAUUUGGAGGGGACUAUUUACUUUACAAAGAUGGUCCAAUUUUUUAUCAUGCCUCCUAUAUUGUUUUGACAAAAGUGAUCUAUGGUGAAAAUGCAUUGGAGACUGGUGAUUUAAAUGAGAAGAAAAUGGACUGGGUGACCCUGAUGGGCCUCAACAGACUAGCUGAAACAUCAGGAAAGGAAGUGCUUCUGUGUUAUAUUGUUUGGCCUGCAGACGUUCUUCCUAAUCAAUCUUCGCCAAGUAUAAUAAAGAAAUUUAAAAUUCAUGAAGUCCUUUUACAGCGCUGGCAAUCAUCUGUUGCCAGAAUAGGGCUCGAUGAGAAACAAGAAACUAAAGAUAAUGUGUGUAGUUGAAAUUGUGUCUGAAAAAAACUACCUUCAGAUAAGCUUGCUACCUAAAAACUAUUGUUGUCUAGUAAAGUUAGAGAAGUGAGUCCUUAAAAAUAAAAAUCACCAUGUACAAAUACCCUGCCAA